AUGGGGCUUCUUGCACUGGGAACGCCUUUGGAGUGGUCAGAGGCCCGAAAGGCUGCCAAUCAUGUAAGAGACUGGGGGAUCGAGCAACUAUUGACCAUUUGGCGGAAUGCGAAGGGUAAGGAGAGAGAUGCGCUUUUGUGGGGAGACGAGAUCGAGUAUCUUGUUGUUGCUUUCGAGCAUGAUAGGAGAAGAGUCAGACUGUCGCUCUGUCAGGCAGAGAUCCUGAAAGCUCUCGCCAAGGAUGAGGCGCUGAGCAAGAGUGGUGGUUGUGUGUUUGAGUUACAGAAGUCAUCAAAACUCGGCCAGACCUUACCCACCUUCCAUCCAGAGUUUGGCCGUUUUAUGCUCGAGGCAACGCCGGGAAAACCUUGGAGUAUCAACCCUAAAGAUCUUCUAGAUGUUGAGCCAAACAUGAAAUGGAGGAGGAGAAUUGCCAAGGACCAUAUGGCUGAGAAUGAGUAUCCCAUCACCUUGACGACGUUUCCUCGAUUGGGCACAAAAGACGACUAUAUCAAGCCAUAUUUCCCACCUUCCGGACCCAUGUUGCGUUCCCAAUUCGUGCCAGACGAAAUUGCCAAUCCACACAUUCGGUUUCCUACUCUAGCGGCCAACAUUCGUAGUCGAAGAGGUAGAAAGGUGGAACUCAAUGUGCCUGUGUUCAAGGAUGAGAAGACUCCAUCGCCAUUCAAGGAUCCCACCGUGGAUUAUGACCUGCAUAGAUGGCCUGAAGAUGAUGACGUCCGUAAUGGCGCUGCUAAAGAUGGUCAUGUUUAUAUGGAUGCUAUGGCGUUCGGCAUGGGCAGCUGCUGUCUUCAGAUCACUUUCCAAGCCAAAAACAUCAUCGAAGGACGAAAGCUGUACGAUCAACUCAGCCCACUGGGACCGAUCAUGCUUGCAUUGACCGCAGCUACACCAAUCUACAAAGGAUUCCUGGUGGAUACCGACGUGCGAUGGAAUCAAAUCAGUCGAGCUGUUGACGAUCGAACACCCGAGGAGCUAGGAGAGAAGCCUCUCAAAGACGACCGAUGGCGCAUACCGAAAUCUCGAUAUGCAUCCAACAGCACUUACAUCUCGCAGGAUCCGAGAUUACGACCCGAGUAUAUGGAUCCAGACUUGAUUGUGGACGAACGACUGAAACAGAAGCUGCUGGACGGGGGAAUGGACGAUCUUCUGGCAACCCAUUUUGCUCACCUCUUCAUCCGGGAUCCACUCGUCAUUUUCGCCGAAGACCUCAAAGAGCUCGACCCAGAAGGUGCCAACCACUUCGAAAACCUCCAAUCCACCAACUGGCAACACAUGCGGUUUAAACCACCUCCCCCAGAUGCCGACAUCGGUUGGCGCGUCGAGUUCCGCAGCAUGGAGAUCCAAAUCACGGAUUUCGAAAACGCGGCAUUCAGCAUCUUCAUCGUCCUCAUCACCCGCGCCAUCCUUUCGUACGACCUCAACUUUUACAUCCCCAUCGCCCGCACGACAGAAAACAUGGAGACAGCACACCUUCGCGAUGCGGUCACGCAAGCCAAAUUCUGGUUCCGCAAAGACCCGUUACCGCAUCAUCGCAGCAGCCACGCCAGCCGCCUCAAUGGCAAUUCCACCGGUCUUCACUCUUCCUCGUCAACAACCUCGAUGAACAACGCAUCCGACACAUCAACCCCAAACCACACCCUUAGCCGCGCCCCUUCCCCCCACCCCCCGGCCCCGUCGAAGACGAAUACAGACUCAUGA